GAAAUUUCGUUUUCUGUAGACGAAAUAGAAUGUAAAUUGUUACGUUUAUCUCAAAAAGGCCGCUUACUCAUGAUACCAAUUUUGCAUGGAUGUUUGUAAUAAUAAAUUUUUAAUAAUACAAAUAAAUAUAACAUUAACACUUUAAUUUUACACGCACAAAAAUGUAUGCACAAAAAUUUGAACGCGUUCAGAAAAUACCAAAUGUCUUUUAAAAAAUUAAAAAUGAAUGAGAGAUGGGCUGAAAAUAUUCAACCACAGUACGGUGAUCCCAGAAGUUCCAGCUCUAACUGUAACUGCAGCGUUGUAAAUGAGCAAUUUCUCGCUGUUAAAGAGGAUAUCGGGAAGUUAAAAUCAUUUGUCUGUACAAAGUUGGAUCAAAUGGAACAAACUCAACUUGCCCAUAAUAAAGCUGUAAUGACUGCUCUGGCGGAACAGAAAAUCGUCACGCAAAAGCUAAUUCGCCAGGAGUCAUUGGGAGCGCCAAUCGCAGAGCUUUUCCCACUUUCAAGUGAAGAAAGUCUAAAAGCGAUAGAGGAAAAAAUAUUGCCGGAGAAUCGGGAGAUUUACGUGUCCGCCAUUAAGAGACUGCCGCAGCAAAGUGCCACCCGAAAUUUGAAGAAUAUAUUUGACGAUUCAGUUGUCCUCAGCCAUAAUUUAGAACCUACGAGAAACUAUUUGCUGCUCUUCUGGAUUUAGUUUCACAACUCCCGAAGGUCGAAAAUGCAGAGGACAACCUACGCAAGGCCAUCCGAAUGCAGAAAAAGCGCAUUUUUAAAACCAUAUCUGCAUCAAAAGCCACCACCCCUACUUAACUUUUUGUUUUCUUCCUUUUGUUCACUUCACACUUUCUUUGAUUUUAAACUUUAUUACUUUCUUUGAUUUUAAAUUUUAUUACUUUCUUAAAUUGACCCAU